UCAUACCUAAGGAUGUGGGCUAGUCUUCUGUAGGUCAACAGUUCGACGAAGAAAUUGAACCCCCAAUCUGGAGAAACACAUUCAGUCUUCAAUUCCAUCAGAAAUGGAGGUAGACGGCGGCGCCGGCGAUGGCGUUUCAGUAUCAGUAGCAGUCGUGGCGUGUACCGCUAUGACUAUUUUCUACGUUGCCAUUCUUUACUCUCCCACAUUGAUCCUCCGUCUCCCACCUCCCACAUCCUUCAAGAGCUACAUGACUCGACGGUUCAUUUGCGCUGGUAUUUCUACCUUCGUCUCGCUUCUUGUCUGCGCUUUUAUCCUUCCUAUAAAGAGCUGGGAAACACCGUACUUGUUUAGUGCUUAUGGUAUCCAUCCACACCACACUUGGGAAGCUGUACUCCUUCCUCUUUUCCUCACAUCUCUCAUGUACACCGGAUCAUUUCUCCUCAAGUUCUUCUCACUCUGGACCUCGUUGACCGAGCAAAGUGGUCAACAAAUAGAUCUAUCACUUCAUGGCAUAAAGACUGUUCUUCAAAACUUCAUCAACUGGAUCCAUUCACAUUUAUGCAAUAUUUCAUCAUGGAGACUCUAUAUUGUGGCUCCACUUACAGAAGAGUUGGUUUUUAGAGCUUGUAUGAUACCUUUGCUUCUAUGUGGAGGAUUUAAACCUUAUACAGUAAUUCUUCUCUCUCCAGUUUUCUUUAGCCUAGCUCACUUAAAUCAUUUACUGGAGUUCUACAUGCAUCAAGAUUCCAGUUUUCUGAAAGCUUGCAUGGUUGUAGGUUUUCAGCUUGGGUACACUGUGAUCUUUGGGUCAUAUGCAUCAUUUCUUUUUGUCCGAACUGGACAUAUAGCAGCACCACUUGUGUCGCACAUGUUUUGUAAUUUCAUGGGCCUUCCUGCAUUCUUUUCUCCAAGGACAAGAAUGGUGAGUGUGGGAUUUGUGGCAGGGGUAGUUGGAUUUGUGUAUCUUUUAUUUCCACUCACUUCCCCUGAGUUGUACAAUGAUAGAAUUGACAAUUGUAAAUGCUGGCAUAGAUACUGUGAAUGGAGGAGCUAGAGAGUAUGCAGUUGCUUAUUAAUACCAAAAAUGUAAACUCAACAACUGUGAAAAUUCGCUUAUUUUAGUUUAUUAUAUCUGAUCUUACAAUUGUUUUAAGGAGCA